AUGGAUCUUUAUGAAUUAAUGAAGCUUGUUCGACUGCUUCAAAAUCUCUUUAAACAACUUUAUUAUGCCAAUCCUAGAUCUCAACUUGUGUUGCUAAUAAUUUCGUUAUUAAGCCAAGAUUUGCCAAUAUAUUGUUCAGCCAAAAAGCAUCUGAAAAUUGCCAAGUCUAAUGAAUAGGAUCACUAACUUGCUUAUGGGCUAUCUGCAUCAUAUUGUAUUAACAAUGUUAUGCAUCAGCCAAAAAUGCUGAAACAGCAGGCUCAAUUUCUUCAGGAUAAUUCUCUGUUAUUCAAGUCAUUUAACUGUGUGUACAAACAAAUGGAUACAUAAGAAUCCAUGCAUUUCUAAUAAUGCCUCCAAAGAAUGCAUGAAUAAAUUUCUAAUUGUAAUAAAUUAGCCCAAAUUAAUUGUACAAUUGGAUCUAAAGUAAGUGGUGGUGAUUGUAAUUGGGAUGGAUUAAAUUAUGUUGAUAAAACUUGUACAAAUUUCAUAAAGAUUACUCAUAAUAAGUGUUAAUAUCUUCUUGAUCAAUGCGCAGUAAACAAUGGCUAAAUGAAUUGCUAAACUUGGUAAAAUUCAUGUUCCUCAUAUAGCAUUUAAGACAACUGUGUGAUUACAUCUUAAAUUAAGAAAUGCAUAUGGAUUGCCACUGCUCUUAGAAAUACAAUUUGUGCUCAUUUCCAUAAUACAUACAAUUCAGAUUAGGAAUGCUAGAGUCAUCCAGUUUCAGAUGAUACUUGCACUGUAGUAUACAAAAUCGGAGGAUUAGGAUUUGUUCUCAAAACAAAACUAAUUGUAAGGAUUAUAUAACAUAAAUCCAAUGUUAUCAAGACCAUCUCUAACUAUGCAGGAGUUGAUGAUUGCAAAUGGAGUAUGGAGAAAUGCUAUUCUUUGUCAACCUUUGCAGCAGGUGCUUGCUGGAACAUAUAGAAUUGGAUGCACAAAACAGGAUUGCUCCAAAAAAAAUGCAGUAGGUUCAACAUUCACAGAUUGCUAAGCAUUGGUUACAAUAUGAGCAGUAAAAAAAAAAGAUUACUGAAUGUAUUGUUAGUUAAUCUACUUGUUAAUGGAGAGCAAUCAGCAAGUUGUUUCAGAUUUACUGAUGGAUUGUGUGUAAGGAAUAGUGCUGUUCCUCCUACUUGUUAAUCAGUGGCUUAAGCAUCUGAUUAUGCACUUUAAACUGGAUUAACAGGCUUAGAUCAUUCUAAAUGUCAAGCCUAUAAUUCUCUUUGUACUUCCGUAAGUGAUGGAACUGGAUGCUAAAUAAUCAGUAAAGUUGUACAAGUUAUUCUAAAAUAAAUUCUUGUACAAUUACUACGAUAAGUAAUAAAUGCCUAUAUAAUGGUGGUUCUUGAAUCGCUAUAACUGCCAAGGCAAAUUACUCAACAAUAUUAACAGGAUCUUAAGCUCACUUUAAUGGAUAUGCUUCAAUUGGAGGUGGUCCUGCAUACUAAGAAAAAAUAUCCUGGAAUUGAUCUCGAUGCACAAAAUCAUCAACUGGAAAAUGUCAUUUAUACUUAGUUAUUGUUAGGAAGUGUAUUAAGUGAGUUACAUGAUAAAUGA